AUGGCAGCUGUUAUGAAAAGAUAUGUUCUAAAGUUAUUUAUAUCCUUGAAGUACAUCACAGCAAAUGUAGUAGAUAGGAACAAUGGGAAGAUUGUUGCCACCGCUUCUACAGUUGAGCAUGCUCUCAAAAGUUCACUUGAGUGUGGUCGGUCUUGCAAUGCAAAGGCAGCAACAGUUGUGGGAGAAGUUUUGGCAAGGCGUUUAAAGGUUGAAGGUCUCGACCAUGGACAAGGAAGAGGGAUCCAUGUAAAUAUGAAUAAGGAGGUGGAGAAAAAAGGCUUUAAAAAUCGUACCAAGGUGUGGGCUGUUGUGAACGCACUGAAGGACAAUGGUGUUAAGGUCGUACUCGAAGACAGAGAUGAUGUCUAA